GCAUCAUUCGAUUGUGGUCAGCUCGCCGCGGAGAAGUGCAGUCCGAAAAUCACUGGAGCGCAGUUUAAUUAACGGUUGCGUCAAACAUGAAGGCGUUCGUGGUGUUGUCGAUGGCAUUGGCCAUUGCGUCCUGUGCGGCAGUCGAUGAAUCGGCCAAGAAGGAGAAGCGUGGUCUCUGGGAAUUAGGACAUGAACAUAGCGCAUUCGAAAACGAUCACUUCGGCCAUCACGAAGUCAAACAUUUGCACACGACCAUCACCAAGAAGGUUCCGGUACCCUAUCCAGUCGAAGUGGAGAAACAUGUUGCUGUACCUGUGGAAGUUGUGAAGAAGGUUCCAGUUCAUAUUCCAUAUCCAGUCGAGAAGAAAGUAUACAUCGAAAAGAAAGUUCCAGUUCACGUUGACCGACCUGUUCCAUACCCAGUGCAUGUUGAGAAGAAGGUUCCAGUCCACGUUCCGUAUCCAGUCGAAGUGAAGGUUCCAUAUCCAGUGGAGAAGAAAAUCUUCGUCGAGAAGAAGGUUCCUGUUCACAUUGACCGACCAGUUCCAUAUCCAGUACAUGUUGAAAAGAAGGUUCCCGUACAUGUCCCAUACCCAGUCGAAGUGAAGGUUCCAUAUCCCGUAGAAAAGAAGGUCAUCGUCGAGAAGAAGGUUCCAGUCCAUGUCGACCGACCAGUUCCAUAUCCGGUUGAAGUGAAAGUUCCAGUAUAUGUCGAGAAGAAGGUUCACGUAGAUCGCCCCGUCCCAUACCCAGUGGAAAAGAAGGUUUACGUCGAAAAGAAGGUUCCAGUACAUGUCCCAUACCCAGUAGAAGUUGUCAAAAAGGUACCAGUCCAUAUCGAUCGCCCAGUUCCAUAUCCGGUCGAGGUCGAGAAGAAAGUCCCAGUUCACGUUGAUCGGCCAGUUCCAUACCCGGUAGAGGUUGAGAAAAAGGUGCCUGUUCAUGUGCCCUAUCCAGUUGAGGUCGAGAAGAAGGUCCCAGUCCACAUUGACCGCCCAGUGCCGUACCCGGUCGUUCAGAAGGAAUACGUCGAAGUGCCAAAACCGUACGCAGUUCAUGUUGAGAAGCCCGUUCCAGUGUAUGUCGAGAAACAACACCACGAGCACGAUAAGCAUUGGUAAGGGUGGGUUGUAGAGUCGUUAGU